UUAGGUCUUCGGAUUGGUGAGAGAAUGGGCGCGAUCCAUGGCGCUGGAGCUCGAGAUCCAUGGCGCUGGAGCUCGAUUCGGGGGAAAUCUUGAUGAUUUCGAUGGGAUUUUGACAGGAUUGAGCUAGAUGGACAAGGAUAGAGUCGUGGUAGCGCAGCUCCUGCUGGAUGGAACGCGCGUCAAGGCGUCUUUCAGCUCCUCGGGGGUGCUGAAAUGGGACGGCCAUGGGAUCAGCGCCGGGAGCCUCAUCGUCCAGAAGGACAUUCUGGGAUUCACGGACAAGCCGAUCACGAUCGUGCUUCACACCUUCCAGUUUGCGAGCACGGGGUGCUGUGGAGGCAAUCAGCGCAAGAGGAAGGACGUGACCUUGGAAUUCGAGCAGCGGGAGGCGUACAAGCUGUGGUGCGAUGCCAUCCAAGAGUGUUUGGAUCGAUCAGGGAGGCCGAAGAGAUUGGUCGUUUUUAUCAAUCCCUUUAGUGGCAAAGGAGAGGCAGAAGAAGUCUACAAGCGCGAUGUUUUGCCACUACUCGCGGCAGCUCGGAUUGAGGUCACGAAAAAAGUGACUCAAUUCCAGCUUCAUGCGAGAGACAUGGCCAAAUCAAUGAAUAUCGCGCAGUACGAUGGAGUUAUAUGCGUUAGCGGUGAUGGGAUUUUAGUGGAGGUGUUAAACGGGCUUUUAGAAAGGCCAGACUGGGCUCGAGCAAUCAAGAUGCCGAUUGGAGUCGUACCCGCAGGUUCUGGAAAUGGCAUGGCUAAAUCCUUGUUAGAUGCUGCUGGCGAGCCUUGCAAUGCUCGCAAUGCAACUUUCGCUAUAAUACGCGGUCACACACAAGCGGUUGAUGUCGCCACGGUUGUACAAGGACAAACAAAGUUCUACAGCAUUCUCCUACUGACAUGGGGAUUUGUCGCGGACGUGGACAUUGAAUCCGAAAAGUAUCGGUGGAUGGGAGGUUUGCGUUUCGACUUUUACAGCUUGAUACGCAUCUUACGCUUGCGGCGGUACAACGGUGUUUUCGCCUACGUUCCGGCGCCUGGAUACGAGGACAUAGGAGCACCUUACAAUGGCGAGCUCGACGGCAUGAAAGUCGAGUGUGACGACGAGAGAAGGGGACGCGCCGCGACCGGCUACUCGGGACCGGUUUCCUCGUCGCUGAGAAGCGACUGGAGGGUGAUGGAGGGAGCAUUCGUGAUGGUUUUGCUGCAAAACGUUCCUUGGGCUAGUGAGGACUUUAACUCCGCCCCCGAGUCCAAGUUUGCAGAUGGAUUUCUAGACCUCAUUGUUCUCCGGGACUGCCCUCGAUACAAGCUCAUCGGCCUCCUUACGAGCAUACAGCAAGGGAAAGCGGUGGAAUCCAAGUAUCUCACGUAUCUCAAAGUGAAAGCUUUCCAAAUAGCUCCCGGUGGAAGAGUGGGGAGCCGGAUCCAAGGAGGAUACAUCGACGUGGAUGGCGAGGUUGUGACGAGAGGCUGGGGCGCCGUGGGCGAUGGUAAAGGAGACCCCAUGUCCUAUGGUCCGACCAUUGAGGUCUGUGUGGAGCAAGGUUUGGCCACUCUUUACUGUCCGCCAUAGACUUCUCCUCUAGGAAUUUCCAAUAACCUGUACAGGAUCCAUUACUUAAAGAUCUGUAGAAUAUGCUAGGCAUUCUUUUGUG